CAAGUGCUAAGAUGAUAGAGGUAAUAAAUACUACACCUUACACCUGGUACUGUUCCUCAACGGAAAAUGAGCUUGGUCAGAUAUUAAAAGGACAUUCGACUUUAGAGUUUACGGUGGAGCAACCCAGGAUCUAUUUGCGAUAUAAGGGUCAUUCCAGUUGGAACCUCAGAAGUUUACCCAGUUUCAAUGUUGAUAAAGAAUUCACUAUCAGAGAGAGUGACGACCGCCAGCACUUCCAGCUGGUAACUGACUAUAUUGUCAUUAAUGAUAGCUGCCCCAACUUUGGCCGAAUUGAAGAGGAAAAAAAAGAAAAGGAGAGACGACAACAAAGAGAGAAGCAAGAGAAGGAAGCACGCGAACAGGAAAGAAAGGAGAAAGAAAGACGAGUGCGAUUACAGCAGGAACGAAUAGAGCAGGAAAGACGAGUGCGAUUACAGCAGGAACGAAUAGAGCAGGAAAGACGAGUGCGAUUACAGCAGGAACGAAUAGAGCAGGAAAGACUAGAGCAGGAAAGAUGGGAACGAGAAAGACGAGAACAACAAGAAUUGGAAAGACUAGAGCAGCAAGAAGAAGAGAAAAGACGGUUGAUGGAAUUGGAGCGACUACAUAAGAUCCAAGAGCAGAUUGAGGAGGAGAACAAGACCUCCAAAAGAAACCUCCGCAGGGCCCAGGAGAGACUUCAAGAGGAACAGAUCCUCAAAUCUCAGGAUCAGGAACAGGAGCACACUCAGGUUAUCCACCAGCUCUUGGAAGAACAUGCAACUCCUGUCGACCACAAUGAGCUCCAUGACAUCAGUGAAAGAUUUGAAGAACUUGUAUCCGAGUACCAAAUCACAGAGAGUGGAAAAGUCUUUGAAAAUCUGGAAGACAGGAUGAAGACUCUUCAAAAUGUGCUGAUAUUAAAUCAUCUCAACACACAUCAAAUACCCAUCAGCUCACUGUGGACUUUGGACCAGGCAACCGGAUAUGUGGACCUGUCUCUCACAGAGAAGUUUAACAUCUUGGAAGCAGUAAUGAUGGUCACUCUUAAUGAGGACACUGAAUUUGAGGAUGCACUUAAACAGGACCAAAAGAUUGAAUUCCUCUUCAACUUGCAAGAUCAGCUUUAUGACACUAAUCCAACACUAGCCAGAAAGGUUUUAGUCAAUGUCCUUGAUCUAACUUCACAGCAGACUCAAGCAGCAAAAGACUUUCUGAGUCUGAUACUUUUCAAUAACAUCUGGACACCAAAAGAAAUACAAAUUUUCACAAAGAAAGCCUUGACCACGAGUCAAGAGGUAGUCGAACAGAUCCUCCAAAAAGCGUGCACCUACAGAGUCAACUGCAUUCUGACUCUCUCGUCAUUAAAUUACACAGAUCCAGCAAAGUACAUGAAACACAUAAUACUGAAUGAGAUGGACAAAGACAUAGACGCCAUCCUGAGUGAAAUGCGAGAAAAAAACUAUCCAGAGCAGACUCUGUCCAUACUGGAAGACAUUCUGAAAUAUGUGGAAGAAAGUUUGGCCAAAGAUAAAGAUCUGGUCAUCAAUAAAAGGAUGAUUGAAGAUGGAAGAAAAAUGAUACAGUCACUGGAUCUGUCCAAUCCUGAUUCUGAUACUCUAAAAAGAGUCCUGUUUGUGUUGUGUUUGGCUGUCAAAAAAUGCACAGCAUUCCUCACUGAAAAGGGUGAAAAGGUUCAAGGCUACUUCCCCAGACUGACUCAGCUGACCUCGCUGAUGUUACUGAUGCUGCCACAGUUUCAAUCAAAGGGAGGGUGUCUUUUAGAAAUUGGGACUGGAGAAGGAAAAUCCUGUAUUUUAGCCAUGUUUGCCACUGUCCAAGCACUGCAGGGGACAGCGGUGGACAUUGUAACAAGUUCUCCUUUGCUUGCAAUUCGUGAUCAGGAAGAGUGGGGGAAGUUAUAUGAUAUGUUUGGAGUGACUUCCUCCACUGUGCCUCCACAAUUUGAAGGCAAGAGAUCUUCAGAUAAUCAUGAAGAGUUGCUGAAAUGUGCAUACUCAAUGAGAGUGGUUUAUGGUACUGUUGGCACCUUCGCAGCAGAUAUUCUAAGGCAAGAGUUUGAGAAGACAACCACUCGAGGGCAGAGGAAGUGUGAAUGUGUGAUAGUGGAUGAAGUAGACUACAUGACACUGGACAGUGGAGUUCAAGUGACAUUCCUUUCUCACCAAGCUAGUGGACUCAGGCAUUUAGAACAGGUCCUGGCAGCUCUCUGGGCCAUGGUGUCAAACUGCCGGCAAAUCGAGAUCUUUGAAACUGGAGAGAUCUGGUGGACAACCAGGAUUCAGCACUUUCACAAAGCUGUUAAACAAUCAGUGACUGGAUCAAUGUCAGAAGAUGACAUUCUGUUGCAGGUUGCCAAGCAAAGGUCUUGUUCACAAGACGAACUUGUUCAGUUAGAAAAAGCAAUCAGAAGACCACAAACAGAAGAUGAAAGCUCUGAGGAUGAAAGCUGUAAUAUCAUUGAAAGUAUUAUGGCCAAGACUGGUCCUGAAGAGCAGUUUCGUCUGCUUGAAGAGCUUGUGGCAGAGACAGGCUACAAUGUGGUUGUUGACUGUUACUCACUCAUCGACAACAAAGCCAAACUGUUGAAAGAAAGUUCUGACACAAACUCUGAUGUCAGCAUGCUUCUGCUGCCACAUGGACGAUCCUGUGAGAUCAUGUCUGAGAAUUCACUGAUUGAAACAACUCUCGGAAACAUAAAGCCUAAGAUAAAAUACUCAGAUGAGUGCUCCCUAAACUCACUGGAGAAAUCCGAAGGCUUCAUUGUAAUUCCAUCUGUUUUGAAAGAGUAUGUUGAGAAUCAGUUGCCAGUUUUUGCAGAAAAUGCUCUAAGAGCCAUCAAAAUGACUCUAGGAAGAGAGUACAUGAUUGACAAAGCAAUUGAAGCUGACAAUGUUCAGAGUCCCCACCAUGAUGCCAUAAUUCCUUUGGACUUUCAAGCCAGUGGAGUUCUGGAAAAAAACAAGCGCUGGGGUGAUGGCCUGCAGCAGUUCUUAGAGAUGAAACACCAGCUGGCAAUUUCCCAACUGUCCAAUGUCACCAAUUUCAUGUCAAAUGUUCACUUCUUCAAAAGGUACCUCAAAGAAAAGGGCAUCUAUGGUGUCUCUGGGACUCUUGGGGGCACGGCUGAGAAAGAAUUUCUUAACCGACAAUAUAAAACAGAAAGCCACAUCAUUCCAGCACAUCGUCACAAAAAGUUGCUGGAGCUGCCGGCAGUUCAAGUGAGUGGAGGAAACACCAUGUGGGUCCUUGCAAUCUAUGAAUCUGCCUGGAGAGCCGCAAGCAGAGGACAAGUGGUAUUAAUUAUUUGUGAGGAUGUGAAGACUGCAAAUGAGCUGCAAACUGAAAUGCAUGAUAAAGGAAUAAAGCCUGAGCAGAUCACCAUGUACACAAUCAGCGAAAAACAUAACAUAGAGAAGAAGAACUUCAGCCCGGGAAACAUCAUUAUUGCCACAAAUCUCGGUGGACGGGGAACUGACAUACACGUUCGGCAGGAGGUCAAUGAGUGUGGGGGACUCUUUGUUCUUCUCACAUACUUCCCUGCAAGUCAGCGAGUGGAGAAACAGAUCUUUGGCCGCACUGCCCGAAAGGGAAACCCGGGAAUGGUCCAGAUGAUUCUCAACCAAGACUUUCUUGAACCAGCUUACCGAGGCCAAUCGGUGGAGACUAUGAGACUGAUCAGGGAAGAGCAUGAGAUCAAGCGCUUGGAAAGCAUGGAGCGGCAUGAACUGUUAGAAAUUGAAAUAAAAGAAGACCUGUUCUCUAGGUUUUGUGAGUUUCUCUGUGACUUUGACAAAAAUUAUUCUGCAGAAGAGAGGAGUGACUUCACACAAAAGAGUCUAAAAGACGUCCCUGCAUGUUUUAAGAUCUAUAAAAAGAAAUGUGACUAUAAGGUUGCACUCAGUGCUUUGAAGGAAUCCUGGGCAUUAUGGCUCAUUCUCCAUGAAGAUGACAUCAGCAGGCUUGACUACAACAACACACUGAGAGAAGACCUCACCAGAGACUUACAGAACACUGCUAAGCACCUCCUGCAGGGAACAAGUAACAACUUUUAUGACUACAUGAAAAUUGCCAAAGGCAGAACCAUCCUGCAUCGCCUCGACAAGAAGAAAAGUGACUGUGGAGCUUUGUCAUACUGGCAGAGUGCUGCAGAGAGGGACCCUUUCUACAGUGCUGUGGCAUUUUAUAACCAAGCUUACAUCACAAUCAACCUGCAAAAGAGCAACUACCUCUCAGAAGCAAAACAGUUUCUGAAGAAGGCAAGCACAGGAGUGGACGUGUACUUAUCAGAAACAGCAAACACUAUGGCUUUUUGCAAUCUGUCAGUGACAAAAGAUUUUGUGUCUCACCACAAAGACUGCAACCUCCAGAGUCAAAUGAAUGCCCGCAUGAACGCUUUUAGAACUUGGAAAUCCCACAUGGAAAAUGCUCUGAAAAUUCUGGAGGAGCUGGAAAGAAGCAAAGGUCAGGCAAUAGUGGAGGAGUCGAGUGUCUACAGUCUGACCAAAAACAAAGAUUUCAUCAGCACUCAAGAGUUGAUGGUCCUUGAUGAGUUCGGCCUCUGCAUUGUGUUUGAUGUGAAGAAGAAACCAGAGUUCUCCUUUGAUGCUUUUAUUUGCUUCUGUCUCGGUGUGCUCCAGGUGGCAGCAGGUGUUCUGGUUUUAACUCUGUCACAAGGGGCGGCUAGUCAGUUUGGAUUUGGGCUGAUCAGUGAGGGGGUGUCAGACAUGAUUCAAGGGAUCAAAGGCAUGAUCCAAGGAAGCUUUGACUGGGCAGAGUGGGCAGUUUCCAAGGCCAUCAGUAUUGGAGUGUCCCUGGUGUUUGGGGGUAUUGGGCGACUUAAGAAUGCUGCUUGUGCCAUGCGCAGCGGGGCUAAAGGUCUUGUUUCUGGAGCCAAACAUGCCUCUAGAUUCACAGUGAAACAGUGUUUUAAACAAGCAACAAAAUACACUGCCCAGGAGCUGGUCAAGCAAGGCAGCAUCAAUGUUCUGAGCUAUGUUGCUGACGCAGCACUUACAGCUUUAUUCAAAAAGAUCCUUAAAAAGGCUUUUAUGAAUAAGACCAUUUCUCUAGUGAGAGCCAAUGUUCACCUGAAUAAUGCUCUCACUAGCUUCGUCUGCUCUGCAGUCCCAAAGACUGCCAUGGACCACGAGCUCAGUGACUUCACAAUAGAAAGAGAAUGUGAGGAACAAAUACGCCAGUCAGUGGAUGUAUUGACGAGAAGCAUAAUUCCUGACCUCAUGAUGGACUGUACCAGGAUUACUAAGGUUCUCAAUACCCUUUCAGAGGUCUGUGGUUCUGUAAGACAUCACAUGGAGAACCAAAAGAAAGUUAAAAACGUGAUGGUGAUUUUGAACACAGCUCAAUAUAUAACAAUGUUUGUAGAAAUGCUCAGCUCCUUUCCCACUGAGGAUGUCAUCAACACCAAAUUUGUGCCUCAGUUCCUACACAGUAUGAAGGAUCUACCACAUAAUGACUAUGAUCAGGAUGAAUGGGACCAUUUAUCAGAUGUGAGGCGCCUCAAAGAUGAACUCAUCAGCCUCAUCGCACUAAGUGUUUCUGAUGCCUUGGUUGAGGCCUGUAGCAGACACAUGACCUCCCUGGUGACCAAAAGCUGUAUGACUGCAGUAAACCGUGGAGCUGGUUCUGCUGUUAGCAAUUUAUUUGGCAGGACCGACACCCAGAGUUUCUUUGACUCACAACAGCACAAAUAUCAGCUGAACAAAACCAUCCAGCACCCUUCAACACUUCAGACUGACAAAAAGACCUGUGAUCAUUAUGCAGAGGAAGUCGGUAAUGUUAACCGCCCCGCUACAGCUCUGGACAUCCAUGUGCUCACUGAGAGUGACGAUCUGCAAGGCAAAGGCAUCAGAGUGAUUGUGGUGGACAAGCAUGGCAAAAAGCUUUCAGAAGAUUAUUAUCCAGGAAAGAACAGCUCUGCUGGAGACAUCAAGCUUCGACUGAAAAAGAUGCCUGAAAAUCAACAUCAGAAUGAGGGAUUUGCCUCAAAGGUGAAGAAAAGGAUCUGUGGCGAGCAGAGCCUCUACAGUGGACAUUUUGAAGUUCUGGGUCCACAUGAUUCUGUGAUACCGAACCAUUCAGAGAACCAGGAGUGCCUGUAUCAUGCUGUUGCCCAGGCCAUCCGACCAGACUGCAAAGACCUCCGACAGGAGGGGCUGAACCUUCGAGGCAAAGUCCAGGCCACUCUUCAGCAGAACCCAUCCAGAUACACGGCUGCUGUGAAGCUGCAGAAAGGCUAUGAAGAGACAUCUGCACUGUCCUCAAAAUAUGCCAUUGUGGGAGGAGGACGUAAGGAGCAGGAGGAGGCCAAACGACAGCUAAAGGACAUGCUCAACACAAGAGACGUGAAGAAUUUAACUGAGGAGGACAUCAACCUCAUCAAAACGAACAACCUCGGUCUGGUCGGGAGGUUCCACGACAUCAAAGGUGUCCGGAAGACCAAAGGCUCCACCUCCUCCGCUGACAAAGAAUUGACGAAACCCAAAAACCAAGAGCUGAAGGAGAAGCCGCAAAAGGACCAGGGGCUGUGCAGAGAAGUUCUCACCCAGGACCAUCUGCAGGUCCUGACCACCGGAAACAGCAAAAAGGCUCAGAGAGACAGGAUCAAAGGUGUCGGGAAGACCAAAGGCUCCACCUCCUCCGCUGACAAAGAAUUGACGAAACCCAAAAACCAAAAGCUGAAGAACAGCAGUUCUCUUGUGAACGCAGAUCACAUCCCCCCCAUCAACACCUUCAAAACAGCUCACAAAGAAUUGAUGAAACCCGAAAACCGAGAGCUGAAGGAGAAGCUGCAAAAGUACCACCCAAGACUUUAUGAGAUGAUAGAUGUAAAGGGGAACCGGGGGCUGUGCAGAGAAGUUCUCACCCAGGACCACCUGCAGAUCCUGACCACCGGAAACAGCAAAGAGGCUCAGAGAGUCAGGAAGAAGCUUGCUGACGUUCUUCUUGAAGGGGAUGAAGUCAAACUGUUGAAGAUGUCACUGAUCGUAUCCAAUCCUGAGAUGUCAGAGAACCUGAGGAGGGAUGCAGAAAUCCAGACCGCUGUAUGCAGAAAGAACGAUUUGUCCAGGGAAGCCACCAGAACAUACCACGACAUUGGAGGACAGCUGUUAGUGCAGGGAUACCAGAAGAUGGGGCUGUUUGGGGAGAAGGAGGGGGAAAUACUCCAGCAGUGGCAGAAAGAUCACCUCUACUCCAGGACGUCACCGGAAUAUAAAGAACUUCUGGAAGCACUAAAACCGAUAACGUUUGAUCAAAACCACCGAGCUACUUAGUGAUUUAACAACUAACUAACAGCUACUUAGUAAGCAGCAUAUCACUAUACAAACUGGACUAACCCAAAGCUUUGUGUGUGUGUGUGUGUGUGUGCACUUUCACACUUUAAUGCCGUAUGUCAUUGACAUUGACUGUACAUGAGAACUGGACUGAGUGACCCCCCCAAACAGGAGGUACCCACUGGUUCCAAGAAGCCAAAAUCCCAUAGACUUCAAUAAAUAAAUAAACAACUAUUUC